UGGAAGGAGCAGUAAGCGGCCUACGCAGUUUCGAGCUCGGGCCCAGCUUUUAUUAGUUCUUCGGCGCUCGGCGGAGAACGUGCGUGCAAACCUCGAGCGAUUGGUUGCUGCUGCAACUCGUGUUACCGCAGUGCCACCGGCACCUAAAGUCUCGCGAUCGGUCACCGACCGAACCAUUACCGAUCGGUGGUUCAAAUUUUUUUCUCCGCUUCCUUCCUGUUUUCCAAUCAAUAAGAAGAAGAACGUGAAAUUGCAUCGAAGGUGAUCAUCCAAUCAAGAUCUUCCGGUGUCAAAGUGUCGCGGGUGACGUUUGAUAAUCGGUGAAUUUCGUUCCGGGUCGGAUAGUGGCAACAAGUGAACACACGAGGGGAUCUAUCUGGUUAAGGGUGACCGGUUUCGUUACCUUUGAUCCCCCCAACGGUUCAGCAUGGCGCUUCGAUUCCACGAGAUCUCGGCCGACCGGCUUGUUUGGCGAGGAUAGUGACAGUUGUUGAACGCGAGUGCACCAUUUCUUCUUUUUUUUUUCAUUCUGCUGUGUUGCUACUACUCCUCUUCUUCUUCUUCUUCUACUUCUUCUUCUUCAUCUAGUGUUGCUGCUGCUGUUACUGCUGUUGGCCUCCUCUUCUUCUAUUUCUACUUCUUCCGUUUCUUUGCGCAGAGACACGAGAAGACCACCAGCGAUCGAAAUGCCACGAUACCAGUGAAGGUUUUGGAGAAACGAGGAUAAAAUUGUGAGUACAAAUAGAAAAAGAGAGAAGGAAGUGAGGAAAGAAAGAAAGAAAGAGAUAGGAAGAAAAUUUAAAAGCGAGGGUGGCAAAUUGAGAUAUAAGCUUGGCGGAUCUUGAGUGGGGGCAAAAAGGAGAAAGAGAGAUAGAGAGAGAGAGAAAGGCCACCUGUUAUGAGUGGACGUAAACAUAUAAAGAGACGGAAAAGAUGCCCGAGGUCCAGCGUACGGACUCACUGAGAUCCGCCAUUGAGGGAGAGGCGUCCCAUCCAACCGAAAAAAUUGAUUCGCUACACGACGCUACUUACCCUUCCGGUUGGAAGCCCACUGAGAGGAGUGUCUCCUUCAAUCGAGACGUCCACGUCAAGAGGAUUGGACGUGGAGCACCACGUGUGACCGCGGCAUUUGUUGGCGAUGGAGAAGGUCGGUUGAUCACCACUCCAAUUCACAAGGAGAGUAUCACCUCCCGCAGUAAGGAAGAUUUAGCACAGGAGGCAGCUCUCGUGCUCCAACAGGCCGACAGUGUGCAUUGCGUGGCACACGAUAAUCGUCGCCUGCCGGGCAGGUUCAGCACACUUCCGGUUCGUCGAAAAGAAAAACACUCCGAACAUCCGCCACUUGAAUCACGACGUAAAAGUGAGGAUCUCGUUAUCGGAACACCAAAGGCAAAGAAAAAGCCACUCGAACGCAGUCACAGCGAUGCGAGUGCGAAGAAAUUCAAAAAUCCAAUCGCCAAACUCUUCUCCCCGAAAUUAGAGAGAAAAACCCCCAAACCAGUCAGUAGGAGUUCGAGUGACGCGGGUAGUAUUAAAUCGCACCGGAAGCGAAGUGAAAGUGAAAGUGACGGUUCACAUUUACAAGCGAGGGUGAAGAAGCAACUCUCGCCGAUAAUUGAAGCAUCGCCAUAUUAUGAUCAACAGCAACAACCUUUCCACUUUGGUACGAAAUCAAAUUCGCCCGACAAAGUGAACAAAGUAGACAAAGUAAACAAAGUAGACAAACCUCCAAAAUCCCCAACGGAGAAAAUAAUUCCCAUUUCCGUUGAAGAAAAAGAAAAUAUCGACGAGGUCGAUCAGGUACAUACCAAAUACAAUCAAGAGUCAACAAUUCACAAAAUGAUACACCGAUUGUCGAAUGACCGUUCACCACCCCCUCAACUGACAAGAACGAUGGUUUCCCCAAGUCCGGGUUUUGGCCACAACAACAAUCGUCCCUUCUCCUACACCAGACCCAAUGAGUCUAGUCCUCCGCCACUUCAAAACGGUGUGAUUUACGCCCAAGUGCAACUGGAUAAGAAGAAAGCUCAACGCAGUCAUUCGGACAGUGACGAAGGUCUCGGUCUCGAUCGAAAGGAUUCCUCCCGUGAAAAUAGUCCCGCCGAGAAGGAAUACCGACGAGCGGACUAUUACAUCUCCGAUUUGCGUCGUAACAACGAACUAAACGAUUUCAAAUCCCGCUAUGAAGAGGAUCGCACCAAAACCACCCAUUUCGGUGACUUUCGCACCAAUGAACCAAAAAGGACCCAACAACACGAAUUCGAUGAAAUCGAUCGUAAUUUAUUCGACAAGGGAGAAAAGUACACAUCCACGAUAUUUGUCGACACUUCAAAUCGUGGAAGAGCCGAUGGAAUGGACGCGAGACGCAGGGAUAGCAAUGAGUUCACAAGAUCCAAGACUUCCGAGCUAAGUGCAAGGCGUGACCUUCUGGAAUCGAGAAUAAAAUCCCGACUCCUAGCCGACGAGAUGUUCGCCACAAAGAACAACAUCAAUGUUCCCAAGAAGACCGAACAUGAAAUCAUCGAUAAACCGAUCGUUCCCUCACCUGUGACCCCGAAUCGGGUCGCUUCACCGAAGCGCUACGCUGAUACCUACAUCACCGAGACGCGAACGAGUAGCAAUGGAGAGAAAUAUAUUUUCGAAAAGGAGAUUCAUGAGGACAAUGGCAAAGUCUAUGGGUAUGAGAAAAAAAUAAAUAAAGUCACUGAUGCAUUCAUAGAUCCGAAGCCUAGGGAGGGUUAUACUGUCGAGACAAGAACUGAUAAGUACGGCGACAAGUAUGUUGUCGAAACAAUGACACACGAGGGAUUCGUGCCUGAAUUCAAACCCUUUUUGAGCGAUCGAUCGAGAAAUGCUCCCAACUAUCAGAAUGAGGAUACCUCACCGAUUGUUGUGAAUAAAUUCAGUGAGAGGAAAUUCUCGAAAAGUGAGGAUGUAUUGAAUCGACAUCCAAAACCACUGAGGGAGUAUGUUCCGAAAUCGAAACGUACUUUCGAGGCGAUCAAAGGACGGAGUAAGUCGACCCAACGAUUAGAUGAGAUCGGGGAGAAUAAUAGGGUGAAAUCCCUGAGGAACGAGUACAUGACUAGAUCGCACGAAAAUUUGAGUAGUGAUUACACAAACAGGGAUCGUUCGGCCUAUAGAACGCAUUUCGUCAAACGGAAUCUAGACGAUCUUCGCGAAGGUCCGAACGACGAUUACGAUACAGACAUCUCUCAGGUGACUAACAGUCAACUCGAGUCAAAAUACUAUAAGGAGACACGCACAACGCAGAGGUAUCUAAAGAAACAGGCUCUACAUGACGAUUACGAUAGUUCGCCCCCACGGAUAAGAGUCGAUCGUGUCGGAUACAAUUCCAGUCGAUAUGAUUCCGAUACGACGGCGCGCGAUUCAAUCAGGUGUGAAACUCGAUUCACUGAUUCGUCCCGUGGGAUCAGAAAGGAUUAUAGAAGCGUUGAGGAUGAUCCAAAGAAGCCACUGCGGAGGUCUCGGAAUCGACUCGACUAUCUUGAUGACUCGGAUGCGAGAGAAAGUUCACGAGGCAAGAUAUCCAAGGGCAGAUUGGAGACGUUUGAUGAACCGCCAUCACGACCGCCGCGAAUUCAUCACGAGAGUAAAACGCGACAUAUGCGUCAUGAGACGAGGGGUCACGUUGAACGUCGACAUCGUGAGACGCGGCUCAGUGAUCCCGAUCGUAAGGAUCGUCUAGCCGAUUCGGGAAUUGAGAAUGAUUAUCGUCGUGAUUCACAUGAAGCGGAUAGACGUGAACAACUCGAGUCUGAGGACGAGGGGUUUGCAACUUUGCAAUUCAUCAAGCACGAAAGACGACACACUGAUAGAAAUAUGAAUUUGACACCUGCGGAGAAGCGGAAAUAUGAUAAGUACGUGAUCGAGAAAUCGAUUGUCACAACGAAACCACCAUCGGGCGCGGACAAGAAAUACGAGAAGAAGACAGUGAAAAAAAGUGGCACUAUGAGUAAAGUGAAACAACUGUUCAGCAAGAAGGAGAAGAAAGCGAAGGAGGAGCAGAAUAAAAAGAAUUAUCGGAUCGGUAGCAGUGGAGCACUCACUGACGACGAAGUGACGAUAAGGUACAGGGAAUAUCGAGGGGAUCAACUUCGAAAUGCGAGGAGUGUUCGUGACCUUGGAAGCAACUUCAAUCAGGAGGACUAUAGUCAGCGAAGGCGACUAUCGACCCCUAGCGGAAGUCCCAGCCCCCCUCAGCCCUCAAGAUUGUCCAGGUCAACUGGAACUCUCACGAGAGGGGAAGAACCUUAUAAGAGUACCCUUACCAGAGACAAUCAAGGUCAGGAGGCAGAAAGAAAGGGUUGGUUCAAAUCCCUUUCUAGGAAAACAAAAUCAAACUCAAAGCCUGUUGAUAAGAAGCCAAGGAUACCAGAAAGUGAAAUACUGACAACAGGCACUGAGGACGAGGAAGCAUCAUCAGCCCCCGAGCGAGCUUCUGUGCAGAAGAAUUUAAGAUUUUUCGGCGAUACGGAUCAGGAAUCUAUAUCAUCGAAUCUUGAUCGAAGAAAUAAACGAAAUGACGACCACGUUUCCACGAGACGUGAUGUAACGAAUUCAUCUCGACGCACUUUAGGAAUCAUAACGAGUCCUAGGAAACCAUCGAGGCUCAAUGAGAGCGCAUUGUCGUCUGGGGAAAGUACCACAGGCGACAGCAGUCAACAAAGCCAGAAUUCCCAAAGAUCACAACGAUCCGUUGUUUACCUUCACGCAGCUACAGUCGGCGAGAUUCCUGGACCAAACGAAAGACGUCGAGCAGCAAGUCGUGAGGAAUUGAAUCGUCCUCUUCAGGCACACACGAGGACUGUGUCAAGAAGCGUUAGUGUUCUGGCACCAUGGAGACCAAGAAACUAUCGCGAACCUUUUGAAAUCAAUUACGAUCAGCAGCAACAUCAGAAACCAAUGAUAACAAUGAAGAGAAGACAAAGAAGCCGCGAGACUUUAAGUCGUCGUGGCAAAGACGCUCGCCGAAGCAAGGACAACUUGUCUAAAACAGGAACAAUGAAUCGUAGCACGCUGAAGUCAAAGGACAAGCAAAAAGUAGAUAGAACAGUUUCCACUGAGUCGUUGGCCAGCAAAUCUCGCAGCGUGAGUUCUAGGCCGGAACUAAACAGAUCCACUUCCGUUCCACGCGACCCCAACAAAAGUGCAGGAUGGUUCAAGUUGAAAAGCAAGAAAUCUCGGUCCUGAACGAAAGGCCAUUGACCAAUGCUAGUCUCGAGUUUCUUUAUUUAAAAACUCUAUUGCAAAUAAGACAUAUAAAUAUAUAUAAAUAUAAAUAAAUAAAAAUUUAUAUAUUAUAAAUUUCCAGAUUAAAAAAAAAUUAUAUAUAUAAAUAUAUAUACAGUAUAAUCAAAAAUUUUUCGUUUGAAUACAAUCCUGAUUAUGGUAAAACUACGUAGUAUUUAUAACUAUUCUUGCAAACAAUAUUUUUUUUAAUACUUUCUUUAUUUUUGUAAAAGUUGUCUCAACUGGAGUAUGAAUACAAUUUUUUUAAGAAAAUCGCGAUCGUAAAUGAACGAAAAAUUUUUUUGGUUGUACUGUAUGCAUGCAUUAAUGCGAUAAUCUUCUAUAAAACUGUGCAAUAGAAGAAAAUCGGCAAUUUUUAAUCCACUAAAACGUUUCUGCGUACUAACGAAAGAGUAGCAAAAAUUUUAUAAAAAUCAAAAAUUCAGAGGAAAAAAAAUAUUUUUGACCAAGCGCUAGUAACGGUAUUACUAUAUUUUUGUACAGAACAAAUUAAAAAACGAUAAUUUAGAGUAAAUUUUCUGAUUAUUAAUUAAUAUUAAGUUAACGGCUUGAAAAAAAAACAUUUUAAAUAGCAGGUUUAUUUUUUCAUAGAAGGAAAUAAAUAUCUUUACACUGUAUUUUAAGUUCACAUCAUAAAAUUUUGAGGCAAAAAUAUUUAUUUUGAAAUAAAUUACAUGCACAUUUACUGCUUUGUGGAAACAAAAAAAUCGAGUUUCUGAAAAUCUUAACUGCCUUUAAUCACUUAAUCAGUGUUGCCACACGUCAGGGAAUUCGGGGAAAAGUCAGGGAUUUUUAUUAAAAGUACUGGAAAAUAUUAAAUGUUUAAAAUUUAUUUAUUAAUAUCUUAAUAAAAUAUUAAAAUUCUUUCCAGAAAUUCAAUUGUUUUCGAAAAUUUGAA